CUUUAAUCCGCAGAACCUGAAUAAAGUUACGGACGCAAAGAGCUGCUAUGGCGAAACGGAAGAGAGAGACCAAGUUGGCUGGGGAGCCGUCCGGAAAGGAGAACAAAGUAGCUGCCGCAGAGAUUUCGAAAACGGAAGCAUCUAACGGUCACUCUAAGAAACCUAAGGCCAACAACAAGCCAAAGACUGAGGUCGCAACAACAGCACCUCAAGAAGACGAUGUCGAAUCCAAUGUUUACAAGUUGGAUUCUGACACCGUUACCGUCCAAAUCAUCACGGGUUCCUACGAACGUGUUCUCCAUGGAUUUACUGCAGCCAUACCGCGCGACGUGAUCACCAGCCUAGGGCCGCAAAAGGACGGAUCUGAGAAGAAAGAAAGCCACAAAGUCGACUUUUCGGACACCUUCCUCUUCAACGCACACACCUCAGCUAUCCGAUGCCUGGCAUUAUCACCAAACAUCGACAAUCCGGAAGGAAACAACAAGAUUUUUCUAGCCUCCGGAAGCACAGAUCAACGCAUAAACCUCUACUCCAUUUCCACACGACCUCCUGCACCUGCCAAAAACAGGCCUAGGCUCCCAAAUCUCCACGGAAACUCCAUCGCCGAAAACCGCAGGAACAAAGAGCUCGGGUCUCUUCUCAAUCAUGAAGCAAGCAUUACGGGACUGUAUUUUCCUUCACGAAGCAAGCUCAUGAGCUCUGCUGAGGAUUGCCACUUGGCCAUCACUCGAACCCGCGAUUGGGUGCCUCUGACCACUAUCAAAGCGCCUAUUCCUGUGGUACAGGGCCGUCCAAGUGGAGACACAGCUGGGCCUGGAGAGGUCCCAUCCGGCAUCAAUGAUUUCUCUGUGCAUCCCAGUAUGAAGCUUAUGGUCAGCGUUAGCAAGGGCGAAAAAUGCAUGCGACUUUGGAACCUCCUGACUGGGAAAAAGGCCGGUGUGCUCACCUUCAGCAGGGAAAUUCUCAAUGCUGCAGGUGAAGGACGAUUCGGCACUGGUGAAGGUAGAAAGGUCGAGUGGGAUGCGGAUGGCGAAGAGUUCAUCGUUGCGUUCGAGCGUGGCGCUGUCGCUUUCGGAAUUGACUGUCAACCUACUGCAACCAUACUUCCCUCGCCCAGGACGAAGCUUCACCAGAUGAAAUACCUCCCAGGAAGUUCAUCCACAGUCGCCUUCUCAACAGAGGACGGAAGAAUCAUUUUCUACGACACGAAAUCGACCAGCGUAUCAGAAUCCGUAACCGAGGCGGCCAAGAAAGAGAGCAAAAUCGACGCAGGACCCGCCGCCUUCAUCGCUCAAAUAGGCGGACCUGCCGCCGGAAUCUCAGGACGUGUGAAGGACUUCGCCAUAUUCCCCUUCGCCAACCCAGACAAGGCUGGAAGCAAGCUAUACCUGAUUGUUGCUGCAAGCAGCGACGGCUCGGUUCGCCUAUGGACCGUCGCAGAGUCAGACCUGAAGGUCGAUGCUCAACCCGAACAGCAAGAGGGAAGCGCGGACAAGGGCUUCUCGGCGAAACAAGUCGGCCAGCUUGUGGGAACUUAUUCUACGGGCACGCGCAUUACUUGCUUGGCUUCGUUUGUCAUGACAGGUCAACCCGAGGAAGAUCUGGAGGAAGCUCCAGCUAAGACUGAGGCCGAUGAGAAGAGCGAAGAGUCCAGCAGUGCGGAGGAUAGCGAGUAGGCGAUCUCAAGGCCACGUUGUUAUCAAAAGCGUUCUUCCCGAUUUCGUCACACUUGCGACUGUUUGAAUACGACGUCGGAGCAUCUUGUGAUUGUAGUAAUUUUCUUAGUAUAGCAUCUAUGUUAGGAUACCAAGUUUAUUUUAAUGGCAUCGUAG